GCAGGCGAUGAGGUUGGCCCACUCGAGGAAGGAAUGGGGUUCCACGUUUGCGUGUUGCCGGUUAGCUCGUUCGGCGUACCACCAACGAGCGGCACCUUCUUGUAACCUGGUGCUGGCAAUAGGGAGCCAGUGUGUGACAAGGACGUUGUGGAGGGAGAAGGCGUCGUAGAGUUUGUUGAGGAAUACGAAGACGUCCUCGUGGGGAAGGCCGGUGAUGUCUAUUGAUCUGAAGGAUGGGGGAAUGUUACCUGUUAAGGAUGUUGAAAUCAAGUUGGGCUGAGGAGGAUGGUACCGGGUGAAAUCGGGGGUGGGGUUGGUCAGGAGAAGUGCGUAUUGGAAGAAUGGGGAGCAGGGCUGGUGGUGUGGGGGUGAUCUGGGUAUGGGUGGGGAGGGUGGAAGUGAUAGUGGAUGAAGUCAUGAGAGGUUUUGACUGGGGGGGAAUGGUCGACGACUACGUGGCGACGGGGGUUGUCGUCUUGGGCGGUGGAGUAACCGCGGUGGGGGUGGUGGUGGAUGAAGGCGGGGGUGUGGAGGACGUGCGAGCGAAGAAGGCGGUGGAUGUAGAGGCCGAAGAUGAGGGAAGUGUGGUGGAAACGGAGGUGGGGGGGGGGAGACGUGGUGGUGACGAUCUGGAUGGCGGGGAUUUGAUUUUCGAUGUCGGUCACGCGAGCGGAGAUGGUGGAGACAAAUGUUUUGAUGUCGUCGAUGGAUGUCACCAUGCGGAGGAGUGUCGCGAGAUCAGUGGCGGCAUUGGGUGCUGGUGUUUGCUCACCUGUGAGGUUGUGGGCAAUGUUGUCGACAGAGUCUGACUGUUAUCGUCUGCAGGGAAACAGGCAAAGGGCGUAGAAGAAUCAUCAGCACUCUCUACAAUGAGGGAAGCUGAAGCGUCAGUUGCAGGCCCCUCUAAGGAGUUUGAAUGUGAUCAACGACCUGCCCCUAAAGCCCGGAACGACGCUGAAUUCAAGGUUGCUGCAGUUCAUGUGCUAUACACUGAGCCUUGGGAGGAGUCUAAGGAAGUUGACUUCCACGCUCACCUGGAACAUUGGCUGCAGCUCAAGCAGCAACGCCGUGUACCAGGGAGUGUGGAGCUAACCUUUUUUAAACUGCUCAUUAACCACCGAUACAUCCGUGUGCUGAUUGAUAGUGGUUCAACCACCAAUUUCUUUUCUCCUAACGAGAUUCGUAAGGCGGGCCUGGGAAUGAAGCAGGUGGAAUUGCAGAACCCUUGUCAGACCCAGGUGGGCAACCAAGAGGUUAUCACCUCCACACAUGAUGUCAAAGGUGUGCGCGUCACCUUUGACAAAGACCGCACUGUCACACAUGAGCUCAACUUUUAUGUCAUGGACAAGUGUCCGUUCGACGCGGUCAUUGGCUUGGGCUGGUUAAAGGCUCAUUGCCUAAGGACCACGUGCGCGGACAAUCAGUUCGUGGUGCGUGAUGCCAAGGGGAACGAGCGUACCGUUCUAUUGGACGAGACGCGCGAGUCCCCUGUGACUCUUUUAAGUGCAACUAAAUUCUGCAAAUCAGUGCGCAGGCGCAAGGAAGCUGAGCACGUACAUGUAGCUCUUGUAAAGCCUCUCCAUGUGCCUUCUACUUUUGCUGCAUUUUCUACCUCGGUAAGUAAUUCUACUUCUACCACCUCUACUUCUGUUCCAUCUACUUCUACUGUGAAUAAUCCUUCUACUUCUGAUCCAAGUACGUCAAAUCCAGUUGUAAUUGCUGUAAAUUCUCGAUCUGAUUUUCUUUCUCCUAAUGAGGAUGAUCCUCCCCUGGAAGUCCCAACAAACAUUCGCCGUCUAUUAGAUCGAUUCCUGGAAGUUUUGGCCGAACCUCGUGGAGUUCCCGAGCGUCCGGUCAAACACAAGAUCGAGAUAAUAGAAGGGAGUGUUCCUCCAAAGGGUUGCGUCUACCGUGUGGGACAAGGCGAGUUGGAGGAGUUGAGGAGGCAGAUUGAUGACAUGAUCGACCGUGGAUGGAUUAGGCCUAGCGAGUCUGAGUUUGGUGCACCUGUCCUGUUUGUGCCAAAGAAAGGAGGCAAAUUCCGGAUGUGUAUUGACUAUCGUGGCCUCAAUCGAAUCACCAGAAAGAACGCUUACCCUUUGCCUCACAUAGAUGAUCUGCUAGAUGCGGAAGGUGGGUGCAAGGUCUUCUCCAAGAUCGACCUCAAGUCUGGUUACCACCAGAUUGAAGUUGAUCCGAGUGACCAGCACAAAACUACAUUCAAAACACGCGAUGGGCUGUACGAGUUCAUCGUUAUGCCCUUCGGACUUACGAAUGCAUCGGCCACAUUUCAGUGCCUCAUGGACAAGGUACUUCGCCAUCAACUCAACAGGUUUGUGGUUGUGUACCUUGACGAUAUCCUGAUCUUCAGCAAGUCCAUGGAAGAGCACGUCAAGCACCUUGAGGAGGUCUUGCAAGUCCUCAAGGAGGCACAACUGCACCUCAACUUAGAGAAAUUUGAGUUUGGAAGGGACAGCAUCAUCUAUCUUGGGCACCGAUUGUCUGCAAACGGCCUUGAGCCGGAGGCAACCAAGGUUGAGGUCAUCCGAAAGUGGCCUCAACCAACGAACGUACGCGAACUGCGUUCUUUUCAUGGUCUGGCCUCAUAUUACUGGAAGUUUGUGCCCAAAUUUUCUGUCAUUGCUCACCCACUCUCAAGACUAACAAGUAAGAAUGUUGCCUAUGCGUGGUGUGAGAAAUGUGAGACUGCGUUCCAAGCCUUGAAAGAGGCAUUGGUGAGUCAUCCUGUGCUCAGCAUUGCGGAUCCCAACCUCACAUUCGUAGUCACUACGGAUGCGAGCCAAUUUGGGAUUGGUGCAGUGCUGCAACAAGAUGAUGGUGAUGGCCUGCGUCCGCUCGAGAAACUGAAGGAGGAUCUGGUCAAACACACCGCCAAGGAUCCGGACCUUAGUCCCAUCCUUGAGAAGCUUAAGGCUGACCCUAGCAGUCAGCCUGAUUUUCAUGAAUGCAAGGGUCUUGUAUUCCGCCGGUAUGGGAAAUUUGAUCGUUUGUGUGUACCCAACCAUGCGCCUCUCCGAACUCAUUUCUUGGAUUUGGCACAUGGUCGGAGUGGGCAUUUCGGCUUUGAGAAGACUUAUGGAAGUCUUCUGCAGCAGUUUGAUUGGCCGGGAAUGAAGGGAUCUGCUCAGAAGUUCAUUGUUGAAUGUCAAGUAUGUCAAAGAACCAAGGUCCAUAGGCAUAAGCCUUAUGGCCUGCUGAGACCACUCCCCAUUCCUGAUGGUCCCGAUCAGAACAUGUGGGACAAGGGGUUGCACAAAGUGAAAGGAUUGUACAACAACUCCAUUCACUCGGCAACAGGUGUGACACUGAAUCAGCUGCAAUACGGAUGGCAGCUGCGCAAUCCUCUCUCCUAUCUGUUCCCCGAACGGUCACCUAGUCUGACGCCCGGCAUGCCUGGCUACAAUGCCAAGUACGGACGCCUGCUCAAAGCUACUAUUGCAGCAAUGAACAAGCGUCAGCAUGCCAUGAUCAAACAUGCGAAUAAGUCGCGUAAAGAAGUGACCUUCAAAGUAAGGGAUUAUGUCUGGGUCAAAAUGUCUGAGUUUUCUGAUGAGGAGGGCGUAUCACGAAAGCUUCUUCCAUUGUACUAUGGCCCUUGGCAGGUUUUGAAGGUGAUUGGGGAUGAUUUUGAUCCGUCAUAUGUGAUUGAUGUGCGUCCUCAUCUGCGCACAUAUCCGGUCUUUCAUGCAUCCAAAUUGUUUCCACACAUCGAUGAUGAAACUUUUCCCUUCCGAGAUCCUAUGAUACCUCGUCCUAUCGACGGCGGCCAUGAGAUAGACAAAAUCGUUUCCCAUGAAGGCAGAGGGAGGAACAGACAGUAUAAGGUUCACUUCCUCUAUCACCCGUUGAACGAGUUUUUCUGGAUCGAUCGGAAAGAGCUGCUAAAGAACGCUCCACGUGUUGUGAACGCUUAUGAACGAUAGAUCACUGAUGGACAGACUGUUAAGUUUUCUGCAAGACUCACUCCUUACGGUAUUACUAAGUCUCUCUUUUUUAUCUACGCCUACGAUGCCUUUUGUGCCGACUCUGAAUGAGUUACUCGCUCAAAGGGACCUCGCUCUUGAGAGGGGGGUAGUGUAAUGACCCGCCAAAAACACAGACUGAGAACACUGCUGAUUUCUGGGAUUUGUUGCUGGAAUGAAUGCCUUGCUGAAAU